UGGUGGGAUUUUGUUCUGAGUUUUAAAAAAAAAUACUUUAUUUUUUGGGCCUUCCCUCCUGAUCUUCCUUCUUUUCCUCUGCUUCAGACAAUCCAUCAUCUGAAAAACCUGAGGAAGGGCCAGCGGAGAUCUUCGGUGCUUAUCACUCACGCGGAAGACCUACCCAACCAGCUGGGAGUCCAUGAAGUGCAACGACACAUCUCUCACCAUGCUAACGCACUCUGCCAUUUCCACAUAGCUGCGAGCAUUAACCCCAACACUGAUAUUCCGGCUGCUUUGGUGAAAACCGCUUUUAAUUUCGACGAAGGCAGCGAAGGCUUUGUGGUUCAUUGGCUAAACAAUAAGGAGUUCCACUUUACGUCGUCCACGGAAAUAUUCAUGCAGCACUUACGAGAACUGGCAGAUCAGGAGAUGAGAGAGGCGGAGGAAGAUGCGUUUCAAAGAGAAGCCGUAGAGAAAGAGAGAGGCUUGCGCAUGAAACUUGAUCAUGAGCUGUCCCUCGACAGAGAAUCUGAAACGGGCACCGGCUCCUCAGAUCACGACGAUGGAGAAAAGGAGGGAAGUCCCAAAAUUCUUUCUCCAGCUGCUUCCCCGGUUCCACUUCCUACUAUCUUGCUUGACAAGAAGAUUGAACUUCUGCUUAAAGAAUGGAACCAAAACCCAGACAUGCUCUUCACCAUUCAUCCCGUCGAUGGGACCUUUCUGGUGUGGCACGUGAAACAUCUCGAUGAGUACAACCCAGGGAUCUUUCGACAAGUUCAGGUUUCCUUUUCUUCUCAGAUUCCCGUGGCCUUCCCAUCAGGCGACGCCAGCUCCCUCAGUAAACACAUCAUGAUGUACGCCUGCCCAACCUUCUUAAAUGAAAGCAGCAGUGUCCCCGCAUGGAAAAGAACUAGCAUUUCAGGCAGCCUGUCUGGAUGCAGACCCAGCAGGUUCCAGGAUCAGUCGAGCGGAAACUUGUCCACUCCCACCGUCAUGAUGAUCUCCAAGCACAUCGACGGCUCUUUAAACCAGUGGGCCGUUUCUUUCGCGGAUAAAUCCGCCUUUACCACGGUCCACACCGUAACUCACAAGUUUCGGUACUGUGGCCAUCGGUUCCACCUCAAUGAUCUGGCUUGCCACUCAGUGCUACCGCUGCUGCUGACCUCGUCCCACCACAACGCACUUCUGACUCCCGAGGUUGAUGCCCCCUGGGAUUUGGAAGGAGCAAAUAAAUCAGCGGAUUCCUUGGGCCCCACUUUGAGGACCCCAGCCAAGCAGCACCUGCAAAAUGCAGCCACCCGUACGUUCUACAACCCGGAUGCGAUCUACAGUGAGCUGAUCCUUUGGCGAGUGGAUCCCAUUGGGCCUCUGUCCUACACAGGAGGAGUAUCGGAACUGGCGCGCAUUAAUUCUCUCCAUACUUCUGCUUUCUCGAACGUGGCCUGGCUGCCAACUCUCAUCCCUAGCUACUGUCUGGGGACGUACUGCAAUUCAGCCAGCGCCUGCUUCGUGGCGUCCGACGGGAAGAGCUUGAGGCUGUAUCAAGCUGUGGUCGAUGCUCGGAAGCUUCUCGAUGAACUCAGUGACCCCGGCGCUUCGAAACUGAUUGGAGAAGUGUUUAACAUUGUAAGCCAGCAGUCAACAGCUCGGCCUGGAUGUAUUAUUGAGCUGGAUGUCAUAACCGACCAGUGUGGGUCCAACACACAAUUACUUCAUGUCUUUCAAGAGGACUUCAUUUUGGGCUACAAGCCGCAGAAGGAAGAGGUGGAGCGGAAGGAAACGGAGAUAUUUUUCCAACCUUCUAAAGGCUACCGGCCCCCACCCUUCUCCGAAAAGUUCUAUCUAAUUGUAAUUGAGAAGAACACCAAUGGCUGCUCAAUUCUUCACAUGUGGCACUUGCACCUUAAGUCUGUCCAAGCAUGUUUAGGAUCAUCUGCUGAGGUUCAUUCGUUGGGGCAGCAGCUAACUGUUCCUGGGCAGCCGAUGGCCGAUUCUUCACCGGAAACCACAGCUGGCACAAUGCCGAUGCUGCGUUCUUCGUCGGUGGCUAAUCUUCAGACGGCUAGUAAACUUAUACUGAGUUCCAGCCUAGUUUACAGUUACCCCUUGGAUCUGCCACCUGGGGUGGAGGUUGUACGAGCUACGCCUUCUGCAGGGCAUCUGAGUUCCUCCUCCAUCUAUCCUGUCUGUCUGGCCCCGUAUUUGUUGGUGACGUCCUGUUCGGACAAUAAAGUCCGAUUCUGGAGAUGUUCCCUGGAAACUACAGAAAACGGCCAAGGGGGAACCAAAGAAACCUAUUCCUGGAAGAAAUGGCCUUUGAUGAACGAUGAGCAAGAAGACGCCACCAGCACCGUUUGCAUCGUGGGGAGACCAGUCGCCGUUAGCUGCUCUUACACUGGCCGCUUGGCGGUAGCCUAUAAGCAACCCAUCCAGCCGAGCGGCGUCGCUUCCAAAGAAUUCUCUAUGCACGUGUGUAUCUUUGAGUGUGAGUCUACCGGUGGUUCGGAAUGGGUUGUGGAACAGACCAUCCAUCUGGAUGACCUCCUUAAAGUCGGGAGCGUCCUGGAUCCCAGGGUCAGCGUAGACAGCAACUUGUUUGUCUACAGUAAAUCUGAAAUCUUUUUGAAUAAGGACCGAUCCCUUAUCCCGAACAUCAAGCACCUGGUCCACUUAGACUGGGUUUCCAAGGAAGAUGGUUCCCAUAUCCUUACGGUCGGGGUCGGCGCAAAUAUAUUCAUGUACGGACGCAUCUCGGGAGUUGUGACGGAACAAACCAGCAGCAAAGAUGGCGUGGCGGUCAUUACUUUACCGCUCGGCGGGAGCAUCAAGCAAGGCAUCAAGUCCAGAUGGAUACUUCUGAGAUCCAUUGAUUUGGUGUCUUCGGUGGAUGGCACUCCUUCCCUGCCCGUUUCCCUUUCUUGGGUGCGAGAUGGUAUCCUGGUGGUGGGAAUGGACUGUGAAAUGCACGUCUAUGCCCAGUGGAAGCAUGUCCUAAAAUCUGGGAAUGCAGAAAGCAACGGUUUCCCCCUUGAUGACUCCCCCGUGACGGACCCGUUGAAGGCUAGCUCGCUCGCCAAAAAAGCCAGCAUCAUUGACGGAGCGGGCGUGAUGGAUGACAUCUUCGGUACCCCCACCGUCAUUCAAGACGGUGGGCUGUUCGAAGCCGCUUUCGUCCUUUCGCCAACUCUGCCCCAGUAUCAUCCCACCCAGCUUCUGGAGCUGAUGGACUUGGGGAAAGUCCGCAGAGCGAAAGCUAUCCUCUCCCACCUCGUCAAAUGCAUCGCAGGCGAAGUUGCUAUCGUGAAAGACCUGGAAGCGGCUGAUGGGGGCUCCAAGCGCCAUCUCUCCCGCACGAUCAGCGUGAGUGGCAGUACGGCAAAGGAUGCCGUCACCACUGGGAAGGAAGGCACGCGGGAUUACACCGAGAUUGAUUCCAUCCCGCCGCUACCGUUGUAUGCCUUGCUGUCAGCCGACCAAGACUCCACCUACAAAACGGAGGAAGCCCCUAAACAAAUCAAAGAUCUGAGAGAUCGUAGGAAGAGGAAGGCUGAGGAUCAAUACUCCGAUCUUUUCCAAGUCCAGCAGGUCACCACCGAUGACUUCAUCGAUUUCGAGCCAGAGAGAAGAGAACAUAAAUCCAAAGUGAUUAACCUCUCCCAGUAUGGACCAACGUACUUUGGCCAAGAGCACGCCAGUGUCCUGUCAAGCCACUUAAUGCACUCAAGUUUGCCCGGACUGACUCGACUGGAGCAAAUGUUCUUGGUAGCCCUAGCAGACACUGUGGCCACCACGAGUACUGAGCUGGAUGAAAACCGAGACAAGCACUACUCAGGUAAUAGCAAUAGCACUUAG